AUGCUUGCAACCUGUGCAGGUGAUGGCGUCGUUUGCAUAUGGGAUCUCGAGCACGAGGAUACCAUACUGAACCGCCUUCUUGGUCACAAGGGGGAUGUUCACGCCGUUAGGUUCACCCCAGAUGGCACGCGCCUUUGCAGCAGCGGAGCUGAUGGGACUGUCAGUAUAUGGGACGUUCAAUCUGGCGUAUCGCUGCGUACCAUCAAGGCACAUACUGGUACCGUUCGGGCGCUUGACAUCUCGUCUGAUGGCUCUCGACUAGUCAGCGGAUCUCAAGAUGGGGUUAUCCGUAUGUGGAGCCUUAGUUCCUACGAGGUAAUUGGCAGGCCUCUCCCACACAAUCACAGGGUGUCGUCUCUCUGCUUCACGCCUAGACGUUCGCAAAUACUGAGCGGAUCAUCGGAUGGAGCGAUAUACCUGUGGGACACCUUUCAAAGAAAGCGGGUCAUGGUCUUUAUGCACAGAUCUGAGGUCAACUGCGUGAAGUUCUCGCCUGUCAGGUCCGAGUUCCUCAGCGCAUCCAAUGACGGGCAAAUCUUUAUCUGGGACACUACGAUGAGGCUUCUCAAAGUUCUGCAACACGACAACAAAGUUCUAUCUGCAGCUUUCUCCCCAGACGGAACGCGGAUCGUGAGUAGCACCUCUGCAGGCAAUAUUCUCUUAUGGGGCGUCAAAGAUGGACGCCCUGUAGCUGCUUAUGUGGGUGACUAUAUAUGA